AUGGCGACAUCACCGCCACAGGCGCGGUCAACUUCAGCACUCAAUCCGCCCCCGGUGCUUUCGGGUCAGCAUCCGGCGUUCGGCGAUUCACUCCGCCGUCGACGCCGAUCUUCUCACUCUUCGCAUGGCUCGCACGACUCACACGGCUCAGACUCUUCGCACUCGUCGCACUCGUCUUAUGCAGAGAGACAUCCAGACCGAGUGCCGCAAAAAGCCGCUUCCCCGAACAAUGCGUUCCUCAGCGUCGUGGGGUUGCUCGCGUUGGUGCUGACGUACACGCUGGUGGGAGUAUGGCUGUUCGUCAAAGGGUUCUUGCUAACGAGGCACGAGCUGACGGGGAUCAGCGAGUGCAGCAAGUCCGCGGAUGGCUAUUGGACACUACCUAGCCCUCCAGCGACGACGGACGAUGAGGCGCUGUUGAGCUGGGCCCAGGCUGCGUUGGAUCCGAUCACGGGCGAGGGCGAGUGCAGACUGGCGCCGACGCAUUCCAAGGCGGUUGUGCUGAUUGUCGAUGCGCUGCGAUACGAUUUCAUCGCUCCUCCUCCUCCGUCUGGCUCGGUAGCAAACGAGAGCGGGUGGAGCCCGAACCCUCACUACCACAAUGUGCUCACCCUGCCGGCAGAGUUGACCGCCAAACACGGUAUUCCAGCCUUCGCGGAUCGGCCGGGCCCCGCGUCGUUCGUAGCACACUUCACUGCCGACCCGCCGACCACAACCCUGCAACGGCUCAAAGGGCUCACUACGGGCACGCUGCCGACCUUCUUCGAGGCAGGUGCCAACUUCGGUUCUGCGGGGACCGGUGUCGGUCAGGUCAACGAGGAUAACUGGAUUGCUCAGUUCAAACGAUCCAUCUCGUCUUCUGGUGCAAGCAACGCAGGUCUGGUGUUUGCAGGCGACGAUACAUGGAGUACAGUGUUCCCGGACCUCUUCGAUGCAGACACAACCUGGACGUACGACUCAUUCAAUGUCGAAGAUCUCGACACGGUCGAUCGUGGAGUUGAGGCCAAGCUGUUACCUUUCCUGCAGCGAGACCAUCCGGAACGCAAAGCUGGCGUGCACGACUCGUGGCGCUUGCUCGUGGGGCAUACGCUGGGUGUCGAUCAUGUCGGGCACCGCUUCGGAGCCAGUCAUGCCAAGAUGAAGGUCAAGUUGCAAGAGAUGCAACUGUUGCUUCAAAAUAUCACCGACGCCGUGGACGAUGAGACGCUGGUGGUGGUUAUGGGCGAUCACGGCAUGGACGAGCGCGGGGAUCACGGUGGCGAUGCCGAGCUCGAAAUUGGUGCCGGUCUGUGGAUGUACUCCAAGUCCGGGUUUGGCCACACUGGUCGGCGCAAAGAUCUCCGUCCAGACCCAGCAGAGUACCUCUCCUCCCCUGACGUCGAAGCAAUCUCUCCCUCAAGGAUCCCAUUCACCCCGCUCCCCUCGCCCCCCUACCCUUCCGACGGCCACAGAAGCAUCCCGCAGAUCGACCUCGUCCCGACGCUCUCGAUCCUCCUCGGCCUGCCCGUCCCCUACAACAACCUGGGCAGCGUCGUCCCCGACCUCUUCUCGCACCCGCACACCCUCCUCCGCGCCCUCCGCAUCACCGCCACGCAGAUGCGCACCUACGUCGCUGCGUAUUCGAAGCACUCGCCCGAUCUCGCCGCGUUCCAACCGGAGUUCGACGCGCGAUGGCUGGACGCUGUGCGCGCGGAUGCCGAGCUGGCUCACGUUCUAUAUGCAGGCCGGAAGAAAACGGCUGACGACGUGGAGGUGGCGCUGAGGAGGGCGGCACAGGCGUAUCACAGGUUCAACCGGGUGAGCUUGGGCAGGGCGCGAGAGGUGUGGGCGCAGUUUGACAUGGUGAGAAUUGCGCUUGGGUUGGCCGUGUUGGUGCUGACGUUGGUGUGUGCGUGGGUGGUGAGGGGUGGCGCGGUGGAUGGGUUGGUCGGAGUCUUGCAUAGCGGUGGAGAUGAUGAGAAAGAUGGUGCGCAAGCAGAGCGGGGAGGGGAGACGGCGGUGAAGAGGCGCACGGAGACGACGCAGGAGCUGUACGCUGUCGUGUGGAAGUCUGUCUCCCGGCCGUUGCUUGUCGGUGCGGUGCUGGGGGCUGGCUUGCACUAUACGACCCUGCUCCCCCUCCCAGCGGUGGUCGCAUCGAUCCUUCAGCCACUGACGCUUCUCGACAGCAUGCUCGGCGGCGCCACGCUCACUUCGCAGCUCUCUCUCCUUUCCACGCAUCUCCCAUCAUUCCUUCAACGGUCCCCACUUCAAGACACUCAGGCCUCCUCCGUUCCAGCCACAACCACCUUGCUCAAUACAGCAGGCUGGCUCGCCCUGCUCGUCCAUGCCUUGCUGUUUACUUCGAACUCGUUCCUGGUCUUCGAAGAUCGGUUCGUGCUGCUCGCGCUCACGUCGUUGCUCUUCAUCCGAGGCGUGCUGCUGGUGGGAUCGUCGCCCAACACGCGCACAAAGCUGCGCGCGGGCGUGCUCUGCGUCAUCGCGCUGGUCUGCAUCCGGCUCGCGGCAAUUGCGCGCGUGUGCCGGGAGGAACAAGCGCCGUACUGCGAGAACACGUUCUUCUCCUCCUCUUCCACCUCCUCCGGUGCGCUCAACAGCCCGUACAUCAUCGCUGGCGCCUAUGUGUUCGCCUACCUGCUUCCCGGGCUGAUCGGCAAGUUCCUUGAGCAGAGCAAGAGCAACGUGGGCAUUGCACGCGUGUUCGCAAAGUGGGUGUUGCGGCCGACGCUGAUGACGGGCGCUGGAGUUUGGGCGAUGGACUGGGCGAGUCCGUUGGAUGCGGUGCAGCGCGGCGGGUGGGGGCCCACGCUGGAAACGGUCAAGCAGUGGACGGUCAAGGUGGAUCUGGUGGUGCUGGGGGUGGUGGCCGUGGCGUUUUGGGUGUUUGCCCCGCUGUGUUUGGAGAUCCGACGCGAGGGGGGCGAACACGAGGGGCAGCAGCCCAAGGUGACGAUCUUGGGGUACGCCAACAGUUUCGGCAGCAGCUAUGUGCUGUUGGUUGGUGUGGUGGUAGGGUUGCUGUGGGUUGUGACGCAGCCGAUGGGGCAGUUGGCAGUCGGGCUGGUGUGGGUGGCUGCGAUGGCGUGUGUCGAGCUGGGCGAUGCCGAGAGAGACGUUGUUGUGCUGCAUCGGCAGAGGCUGGCGUCGCAAUCGUCUCCCGGAAGUACCACUCCAGCUGCCGCCGCUGCACCUCCCACUCCAACGCGGCCCAUCCACCUCACUUCCGCCGAGAUCAGCACGUACGCGCUCCUCGCCCACCUCGUCUUCUUCUCCACGGGCCACCAAGCCACGCUCGCCUCGAUCCAGUGGCGGCUCGCGUUCCUCACCUCGCCCACACUCACCUACCCGCUCUCUCCCCUGCUGGUCGCGCUCAACUCGUUCGGACACCUCACCCUGCUCCCGCCGCUGCUCACGACGCUCGGCGUGCUCUGGAACGCCACCCCGCUCCCACGGGGGAGCGGGCGGCGCAUGGCAACUCCGCGCCAGCUGCUGUCCGGACUCAUGACACUCCACGUGUACGCGCUGGCGGUUCUGGUCAGCACGGCGCUCGUGAGCGGGCUGCUGUUCCGCCGCCAUCUGAUGCUCUUCAAGGUGUGGACGCCGAGGUUCAUGUUGGCGAGCGUGUGGGCCGUGGGCGGGCAGAUGGCCGCCGUGGCCGCGGUGCUGGCUGCGUGGCAGACGAGCAACAAGGUCAACCGCAUCUUUGGGAGCGAGUUCGCCUAG